AUGGCAGAGGAACACGCAUGGGUUGAGUUGCACGUCGAGGCGUGGGAAUCAGAGAAAACAGGCAACGGACAGCCGAUUACCGAUGUUGGUCGAAAUACCGUCCGGCGAAAUGCGCAACACAUCUGGCGGCGUCGCGUCAGUCCCGCCGAGCGGCAUGUUUUCGCUGACGAAGCUCAGCAGCGACUAUCGCUACUAGCAAAGAUUGCACCGCUCGCCGGCCUGCCACCAGAACCUGACACUGACGACCUUGCCGCAUUGUCACCGUGGUUUCGGAGGGCAUGGGACCUUCUUGUGGCCCGCCGGGCCCUUCGUCUGCCGAUCAGGGCUUUGAUACGACGCAUUCCCGGCGACAGCGCUGGGUCUUUGCGCACGAGGGACUUCCUCCAAGCAAGUGCGGACGUUAACGAGGACUUGGCUCGUGAAGGGAUCGAGGCGCUGGAUAUCCGACUAGGAAAACUUCCAGCGUGUCGACCAAGCCGAUAUAUUGACAUGUUAGAAGCGGAUAGUCCUGACCCAGCUGAUGAUGAAGGUCGACGAAUUCCAAAUUACCUGCAACGCAGGCUCGGAGCCUUCAUUAGGCUGAACGAACAGAUGCCGACAUUUCGACGUGCCAUCGAAGGUGUCGAGAAGCGACAAUCUAAGGCUACGGGAACUCUGGCCGGAAGAUAUGUGCCUUACUUGCGCGAGGAGAUUGCGGAAGCAAGAUCUGUGACGAAGAACCUGACAGAGCUGAUUAACGGCCUGACAGCUUGGUCUAGCGCCGAUGCUGUUGCCCUCGCUCGCGAGGAAGCCAAAAGCGAUGCAACUCCCGAUGUUGCCAAUCGAGUCGCGUACCAGCAUCAUCUCCUCCAGUGGGAAGAAUGCGCAGCGGCGUAUCGAUAUGCGGAGAAUGCUCUCAGUGACCUUAUUGUUUUGCGGGCAGCUCGGGGAGAUACAUUGACUGUGGACCUGGAGGGACACAUGGAGACUUUACACAGAUCAGUAGCACGAAGACUGGCGGAUCUGGAGAUUCAAGUCAGAUAUAAGCAAAGCGUGCUUGAAGAGCGUUACUCUUCGAAGGACGACGAAGCAGCUCUUUUGCAGAGUCUGCCUGUCCUGCCAUGGUCUAGAGUGCAGAACAUGGUGGGAAAAGGCGCUUUCGGCCAGGUCGAAGCGUGGAUCAGAACUGAUCACAAUAACAACGUAGUUGAUCGCGUUGCGAGGAAGGUGGCCCAGAACCUGACACCGAACGGGCAUACCCUCUACGAUAUCUGGCGUCCAGCGGAUCGCCAUAUGCCUGUAGAGGUCGCGGCAAUGUACAGACUGCGCGCUCUCAAAGAUUCGGUCAAGUCCGUCAUCCAGAUUCGAAAUUGGCGCCCCGUUGGAGACGGCAAGACAUCCAUUAUCUACAUGAACCUUUGCCAACAUGGUGAUCUUGAGAAGGUACGUAAUCAAUAUGUGAAUCUCUCGGGGCGGCAAAUGCCCCCUGAAGCAUUCGUCUGGUCUGUCCUUGAGUCCUUGGCAGACUCUGGACUGCUGAUGGAGCGCGGUGAGGUGGCCGACGUCCCUCCGGGUUUGCAUAAUUGGACUCAAAUCGUACAUGGAGAUAUGAAGGCUGCCAACGUGCUGCUCGAUGACAAUAGGACGGGGAUAUUCACAGGGUUCCCUCGUGCAAUACUUGCAGAUUUUGGUUUGGCUAUCAUACAUCCCAUCAAACAUCCCGGCGGAGACUCAAGGCCCUGGCGGGCGUUUGGUAAUGGAAGGUCAGCGGCACCGAGGCAAGGACCCGCGAACGCUGGCACCUUCAUACCAGGUUCUUCAUCGAACGUCCGCGGCAUAGGCAUGAUAGCUCGGACACUCAUCGAGGCAGUCUGGGAGGUCCCUGAAGACGAUGAUCCUGGGUGGUCCGCCGUCACACAGACCACCUACAGUAACGAACUCAUCGACUUGAUCGAGAGAUGUCUGAGUCGGGACCUCGAUGACCGGCCAACCCUUUUGGAGAUCAAGAAAGCUGCGACGACGAAGAGUGGAGACCUAAAACACGAUGCUGCAAUUGACAUGAGGAACGCGAAAGCUGACGAUCCGAGAUGGACGGCGCUGAAAGUCUUGACAACGGACACGAAAGUUCCGGUUGCGCUUGCGAGGGAUGCGGAUGGGGAUGUAGAGAUGGUGGGUGGUCCGACGGGGCAGCCGAUUCGGUCUCGCUUACCAUCGCGGAGCGAUCACGAUUCAGACGAUGCUUCAGACGAUGAUCCAGACGGGAUGAUUGAAGUGCAGAGCAGAGGGCGCCGCCAGUAA